CGAGCGCCCAGCCCCUUAAAACGCUGCUGGCUGGAGCCGCCUCCCUCCCUGCAGCCCGCGGCGGGGAUGGAGUAAAGGGAGAUCCGUCGACCUGCCCGCGGGGAUCAGCGAUGGAGUUAAAGCAAUCCUUGUCCACCCAUCUGGAAGCUGAGAAGCCUCUGAGGCGCUAUGGGGCGGUGGAGGAGACAGCGUGGAAAGCGGAGGGACUGGGGAGAAAUCAACUGGAUAUCAUCUCCAUGGCUGAGACAACCAUGAUGCCGGAGGAGAUUGAACUUGAGAUGGCGAAAAUCCAGCGUCUCCGGGAAGUCUUGGUCCGAAGGGAGUCGGAGCUCAGGUUCAUGAUGGAUGACAUCCAGCUCUGCAAGGACAUCAUGGACCUGAAGCAGGAGCUGCAGAACUUGGUUGCCAUCCCAGAAAAAGAAAAAACCAAGCUGCAGAAGCAGAGAGAGGAUGAGCUAAUCCAGAAGAUCCACAAACUGGUGCAGAAGAGAGACUUCCUGGUGGACGAUGCAGAGGUCGAGCGGUUAAGGGAACAAGAAGAAGACAAGGAAAUGGCCGAUUUCCUGAGAAUCAAGUUAAAACCUCUAGACAAAGUAACCAAAUCUCCAGCCAGCUCCCGGGCAGAGAAGAAAGCAGAGCCUCCACCUAGCAAGCCCAUGGUGGCCAAGACGGGGCUGGCGCUCAUCAAGGAUUGCUGUGGGGCCACCCAGUGCAACAUCAUGUAGCCCCCAUGUGGGGUGCCCCCGGGGCCACGGGGACCCCCUCCCACCCUCUUGUCUUCAUAGCCCCCAUUUCACCGGGGCCCAAGAGUUCUCUAAGGCGGAAGGGGUUGAAGGCAAGCCUGUGACUGCCGCCAGGGGCCAUGGGCGCGGCAGGCAGGCCCAGCCGCCCUGUACAGAGUGUAGCAAUAGGGAGUCCCUCACCGUCGCAUGGCCCUCCCCAGAGCAUGCUGAAUCCAGAAGUGUGUCUCACCGUUUAUCCAGCUACCAGGAAAGGUCCUCCUUCGAAAAAGUAUAUCUCCACUUUUAUCUAGCUGUAUCUAACCCACUGUAUGAAUGGACUGGGAGAGGGGCAUGGUCCCCCGGUGUGUACAGUUGUAACUUCUCAACCACCUAGGACCAUGUUGAACACAUCCCCCAUUCACCCUCUGCUCUGCUGUCAGGCCUGCCCCAAAUGGGCACAGCUCCAUCCCGUCUGUCUCCUCUGUCCCCUCCCCAGGCGCUGUGCCCUGGAGGGCUCCACAUAGCCCACACGUCUCUCAGGCGCCAUAGGUGUGGCAUUCUCGGGGACACAGAGGGUCCAUCUGUAAAGAUUGUGCUUGUGUGUGGUGUUGUGGUCACGUCUCCCGCUUCCUCCCCGCCUGUGUCUGGGCAUUGUUCACAUCAGGGUGUGUCCACUGCGCUGUUGGCUCUUCCUCCCCUUGCAGCGUCUGUCUCAGGUGGGGAGCAGAGUGGGGACAGGGAGGCCAGGCUGGAGCAGACCCAGUGCUCAGAAGAGGCAGCAAGGAGCUGGAAGCUCCAACGUCCAAGGCAGGGCAGACGGAAAGGGACCAGAGAGGAUGCUCUCCCUGCCCACUACGGGGCCCAGAGGGAGUGCCAGCAAAACGCCAUCUCACCAGCCUUGCAUGUAGACCUUGCGUCCAUCAGGAGA